AUGAAUUUUGAAGGUGAUGCAUCAAAAAAUCUCCUUUUUAUUGAUCAUUUCAAAAAAUUUCUAAACUAUUAAAAACGAAUAUUUUAUAUAUUAUCAAGUCAUCAAAAAGUGAUGGCAAAGACAUCAGUCACAUUAUUUUUAUGCUUAUUAUUGUUGACAAGCCAUUGUAGCCCAAAAGAUUUCGUUGUUAAUCCUCAACAAUAUAAAGAAUAAAGAAAAAAGUUGUGAUAAUUGUUCUAUUCUAGCAAUUUGCGAUCUAAUACUAAAAAUGACAGCCUUUUGUAAAUUGAUUAAUACAAGCGAAGUUUUUUAAUUUCAGAGAACAUCCUUAGCAUAAAUGAAGAAUAGAUAAAAUUUACAAAUGAAAAAUUAGUUGCUAACUAAGAGUCUAAAUAAAAAUUAUAAAAUAUAGAAGAAAAUAUUGAUAGUAGAAAAUAGUAGUUUAAUAAAGAAUUAGAUAAUUAUUAGGAUUAAACAUAACCAUAAGCAGGAAAUAAUAAAAUUGUUUAAACUAAAUAAUAAUAAUAAAUUUCUAAAUAUGACAAUCAAAGCUUAGAGUAUGAUAAAAUUGAAAGUGAAAAUUUGGGUAUGAGACAAUAAGAGAGACAUAAUAAUGUAAAGAAAAUAAACAAAAGCUAUGCUAUGUAAGAUUAGUAAGACGGGUAAUAAGAUGAGGAUCCUAUAGAAUCUUAAGAUUAAAGGUAAGGGGAAGAAACGAAAGAAGAGCAACCUGCGGAAGAAACUAAAGAAGAGCCACCAGCUGAAGAAACAAAAGAAGAGCCUCCAGCUGAGGAAACUAAAGAAGAACCCCCUGCUGAAGAAACAAAAGAAGAGCCACCAGCUGAAGAAACGAAAGAAGAGCCUCCAGCUGAGGAAACUAAAGAAGAACCACCAACUGAAGAAACAAAAGAAGAGCCACCAGCUGAAGAAACAAAAGAAGAGCCUCCAGCUGAGGAAACUAAAGAAGAACCCCCUGCUGAAGAAACUAAAGAAGAGCCACCAGCUGAAGAAACGAAAGAAGAACCUCCAGCUGAAGAAACAAAAGAAGAACCUCCAGCUGAGGAAACUAAAGAAGAGCCACCAGCUGAAGAAACAAAAGAAGAGCCACAAGCUGAAGAAACGAAAGAAGAACCACCAGCUGAAGAAACUAAAGAAGAACCUCCAGCUGAGGAAACUAAAGAAGAGCCACCAGCUGAAGAAACGAAAGAAGAGCCACCAGCUGAAGUAACGAAAGAAGAGCCCCCUGCUGAAGAAACUAAAGAAGAACCCCCUGCUGAAGAAACAAAAGAAGAACCUCCAGCUGAGGAAACUAAAGAAGAGCCACCAGCUGAAGAAACAAAAGAAGAACCUCCAGCUGACGAAACGAAAGAAGAACCACCAGCUGAAGAAACAAAAGAAGAACCACCAGCUGAAGAACAAACUAAACCAGAAGAAGAAACCAAGCUAGAAGAGGAAACAAAACCUGAAGAGGAAGUUAAACCAGAAGAAGAAACAAAACCUGAAGAGGAAACUAAACCAGAAGAAGAAACAAAACCAGAAGAGGAUACUAAGCCUGAAGAAGAAGCCAAACCUGAAGAAGAAACUAAACCAGAAGAGGAGACUAAACCUGAAGAAGAAGCCAAACCUGAAGAGGAGGCUAAGCCUGAAGAAGAAACUAAACCAGAAGAGGAGACUAAACCUGAAGAGGAGGCUAAGCCUGAAGAAGAAGCCAAACCUGAAGAAGAAACUAAACCAGAAGAAGAGACUAAACCUGAAGAGGAGGCUAAGCCUGAAGAAGAAGCCAAACCUGAAGAAGAAACUAAACCUGAAGAAGAAACUAAACCAGAAGAGGAGACUAAACCUGAAGAGGAGGCUAAGCCUGAAGAAGAAGCCAAACCUGAAGAAGAAACUAAACCUGAAGAAGAAACAAAACCAGAAGAGGAGACUAAACCUGAAGAGGAGGCUAAGCCUGAAGAAGAAGCCAAACCUGAAGAAGAAACUAAACCAGAAGAAGAAACAAAACCAGAAGAGGAGACUAAACCUGAAGAGGAGGCUAAGCCUGAAGAAGAAGCCAAACCUGAAGAAGAAACUAAACCUGAAGAAGAAACUAAACCAGAAGAGGAGACUAAACCUGAAGAGGAGGCUAAGCCUGAAGAAGAAGCCAAACCUGAAGAAGAAACUAAACCUGAAGAAGAAACUAAACCAGAAGAGGAGACUAAACCUGAAGAGGAGGCUAAGCCUGAAGAAGAAGCCAAACCUGAAGAAGAAACUAAACCUGAAGAAGAAACUAAACCAGAAGAGGAGACUAAACCUGAAGAGGAGGCUAAGCCUGAAGAAGAAGCCAAACCUGAAGAAGAAACUAAACCUGAAGAAGAAACUAAACCAGAAGAGGAGACUAAACCUGAAGAGGAGGCUAAGCCUGAAGAAGAAGCCAAACCUGAAGAAGAAACUAAACCUGAAGAAGAAACUAAACCAGAAGAGGAGACUAAACCUGAAGAGGAGGCUAAGCCUGAAGAAGAAGCCAAACCUGAAGAAGAAACUAAACCUGAAGAAGAAACUAAACCAGAAGAGGAGACUAAACCUGAAGAGGAGGCUAAGCCUGAAGAAGAAGCCAAACCUGAAGAAGAAACUAAACCUGAAGAAGAAACUAAACCAGAAGAGGAGACUAAACCUGAAGAGGAGGCUAAGCCUGAAGAAGAAGCCAAACCUGAAGAAGAAACUAAACCAGAAGAAGAAGCUAAACCUGAAGAAGAAACUAAACCAGAAGAGGAGACUAAACCUGAAGAGGAGGCUAAGCCUGAAGAAGAAGCCAAACCUGAAGAAGAAACUAAACCUGAAGAAGAAACUAAACCAGAAGAGGAGACUAAACCUGAAGAGGAGGCUAAGCCUGAAGAAGAAGCCAAACCUGAAGAAGAAACUAAACCAGAAGAAGAAACUAAACCUGAAGAAGAAACUAAACCAGAAGAGGAGACUAAACCUGAAGAGGAGGCUAAGCCUGAAGAAGAAGCCAAACCUGAAGAAGAAACUAAACCAGAAGAAGAAGCCAAACCUGAAGAAGAAACUAAACCAGAAGAAGAAACAAAACCUGAAGAGGAGGCUAAACCAGAAGAGGAAACUUAACCAGAAGAAGAAACAAAACCAGAAGAGGAUACUAAGCCUGAAGAAGAAGCCAAACCUGAAGAAGAAACUAAACCAGAAGAAGAGACUAAACCUGAAGAGGAGACUAAACCUGAAGAGGAGGCUAAGCCUGAAGAAGAAGCCAAGCCUGAAGAAGAAACUAAACCUGAAGAGGAGACUAAACCAGAAGAGGAUACUAAGCCUGAAGAAGAAGCCAAACCUGAAGAAGAAGCCAAACCUGAAGAAGAAACUAAACCAGAAGAAGAGACUAAACCUGAAGAGGAGACUAAACAUGAAGAGGAGGCUAAGCCUGAAGAAGAAGCCAAACCUGAAGAAGAAACUAAAUCUGAAGAAGAAACUAAACCAGAAGAGGAGACUAAACCAGAAGAGGAGACUAAGCCUGAAGAAGAAGCCAAACCUGAAGAAGAAGCAAAACCUGAAGAGGAGGCUAAACCAGAAGAUUAAACUAAACCUGAAGAGGAAGAAAAUGAACCUCAAGAAGCUAAACCAGAGGAAGAUGAAACUAAACCUGAAGAAGCAGAAAAGUCAGAAGAAGAAGCUAAGCCUGAUGAAGAACCUUAACAAGAUGAUGAUAAACACGACGAAGAAGUUGAUUAAGAGGAUAUAUAAAGUGAACCUGCUUCUGAAAAUGAGUAAGAGAGUGAGCCACCAUCGGAUGAUGACAAUGAAAGUGAACCUGGUUCAGAUGAGGAUAAAGAUAAUGAAGACAACAAGGAUGACAAUAAUGUUGAUGAUUAGGAUAAAGAUGAUCUUGCAUAAGAUGAUGUUUCUGAUAAAUCUGAUGAAGAGCCGACUGAUGGUAAACAAUCAGAUGAUAAAAAUGAGAAGGAAGAUGAAGACGAUGAUGAUGAUUUUGCUUAAUUAGCUUUAGCUCCAGAAAUUGAGUAAGCAAAAUAAUAAGAAAAUGCAUAAGAAGGAGAUAAGAAAAUAUCAGAAUAUGGGUACUAAUUAGGAAUGUGGGUGGCAACCAUAUUCUAUUUGGCUUUAUGA